GUAAGCCCUAAACUUUGCUACUGGUUGAAGAAGUUGUUCUUGUAGCCAUCAGCCUGCGGCGAGACAGUUAGUCAGACGAGCAGGCCAUCAUCAACAGAGGUUCUAGAAAUUUGGUGAACAUCCACUCUGGGUAAACUUUAUCUCCUGUGAACAUGGAGGAUUCGUCAGAUCAGUCCCACUGGGCGUCUCCCACUCUGCUCAGCUCUGACCCCCUUGCUGGUUUCUCCUCUGAUCCGGGCCUGUUGGCUUCUGGAGAAGAAGGAGAAGCCUUUUUCUCUGGUACAGACACCGACUAUGUUGGGCUUUCCUCAUUCUUCCCUAACCCCAGCCACAGCCGAGCUCCGUCCAGCUACAGACACAGCUCUGUCCGGCAGGUGUACACCUCCCCCAGUCUUCUCAGUAAUCUCCAGCUACUGGAUGGGUCCUCCAACCACCCUCUGAGUGUACCCUACAACUCUGCAGCACCCACCUGGAGCAGCAGUCCCCUCACCAAGACGCCACUCCACCUCCACACCCCAACCUCCCUCUACACCCCUGGGGUCUCCUCCUCCUUCACCACCUCCAGAGACGGGUACUCGUCUCCUGGAAGAGAAGGAAGAGAGAGUCCCCGUCUUCAGGAGGCCCUCAAAGCAGAGCGUCUUAGUCCCCUGGGGGGUUCAGGGGCCAGCAGCAACUUUCUAAAUCUGACUCCUGCAGCAGGGAGCAUGUACACCCAAUCAUCACACUCACAUUCACACAUGCUGAGCCCCUACAGCUCCUACAUGAGCGGGCCCCAGGAGUACAGCUCCGCAGCCCUCUACUCCGGCGCUGGAGCAUGGAUCAGCCCCUCCUAUUCGCCGAAACUUCGAAACAAGAUGAGGGCAACCACUCCAGAGGCCAGAGAGUGCGUAAACUGCGGAGCCACUGCAACGCCUCUGUGGCGCCGCGACGGUACAGGCCACUACCUGUGUAACGCCUGCGGACUGUACCACAAGAUGAAUGGCCAGAACCGACCCUUGAUCCGACCCAAGAAGAGACUGAUUGUGAGUAAGCGUGCUGGUACCCUCUGUGCCAACUGUCACACCAGCACAACAACACUGUGGAGGCGCAAUGCCAACGGAGAGCCCGUAUGCAACGCCUGCGGUCUCUACUUCAAACUGCACAACGUAAAUAGACCCCUCACCAUGAAGAAGGAAGGCAUCCAGACUCGCAACAGAAAAGUCUCCAGCAAGAACAAGAAGAGCAAGAAGGCGGCCUUGCUGGAGCAGUACUCAGACGGGGUCCAACCGCCCCCCCUGGAUGAUAACGGUGGACCCUUUUCCCUCGGCCCUGGGACCCUCCUGACCUACAGCCACACACCACACCUCAUCCCAACCCCAACCCCUCUGCACCCCUCUAGCAGCCUACCCUACCAACACCAUCUCAACUCCGGCAUGGUGCCCACUCUAGUGUGAUCGAACGGCAGCUAGUGUGCUUUUUUUGGCUUUGUACAUAAAGAAUGUCCUAUGAAUGAGGAUUUUGUUUACUUUCACUGUAUUUUAUCAUAUUUUGUUGAUUAUUAUCGUGUGA